UGGGGGGGGGUUGUUUACCGAUGGUCUCCACCUUCCUCUCAGCAGCAGCUAACUGUGCUAACUCAGCUAAAAACUCAGCUAACUCUCAUUCCUGCUGACAGCACACAUUCUCUACGUGGGUCAGCUGACACCAAUGUGAUGCUAGCAUGUUAGCUUAGCAGUUAGCUGGAAGAUACAGUAACAGUGAACCGUGGGCGCGGAGUUUUGGCUCUUUAGCCUGACAAGUAGGUGGAAAUCGCUUUUGUGAGACACCGACUAACCAAAGGAAGGAAGAGGAGGGGUGACAUGAAAGCCACUACCUGUUAAACACUAGCACGUUAGCAGCCAGGAAGCGAGUCCUUCCUAGCAACCGUAGCUAUCUAGCCGUGACAGCAGGUUAAGCUAACAGGCGGGCGUCUUCAUGGAGAGCUGCGAGGUGCUCGCUGAGAUCUGGGGAUAAGCUCGACGUUAUGCGAACGGACUGUGAGGUAAAUGUUGGUUAAAUGGCAAAAACCGAGCAGGGCGAUGGGCUGGAGUCUCGGGGCGCCACAGACAAGCUGACAGACAACGGGAAGGGCGGCGUGUUUGGAGCGGAGUUAAACGGCGGUGCAAUCCAGGAGGAGGACCGGGUGGAUAAGUACGGAUUCACCGGGGGAGCCCAGCAGAACUCCGGAGAAUCGGAGGCCUACGUUUGGAAACUACAGACUUACACCACUGAUGCAUUCUGGGUUCUUGUCCAGAUAUGUGAAAAAUACCUUCCAGGAUACUACAGUACAGGGCUGGAGGCGAUCCAGCUGGACGGGGAGAUCCUGUACGCUCUGCUGCGGCGGGUGUCUCCUGCGGCCCACGGUCACCUGAAGAAGCACAAGCUGGAGCCCAUCCUGUACAUGACCGAGUGGUUCAUGUGUGCCUUUUCUCGCACUCUGCCGUGGGCCUCUGUGCUGCGCGUCUGGGAUAUGUUCCUUUUUGAGGGAGUGAAGAUCCUGUUCAAGGUGGGCCUGGUUCUCCUGAAAUGCAUGCUGGGAUCCCAAGAGAAACUGAAGUCCUGCCAAGGUCUCUAUGAAACAAUGGAGCUGCUCCGAGCCAUACAGCCACAGUACAUGCAAGAAAGGUUCCUGGUGCACGAGAUUAUAGAGUUAUCGGUGUCUGAGAAAGACAUCGAGAGGGAGCAUCACGCUCAGCUGCGGCGUUGGAAGGAGAGUCACGGAGAUCUACACUGCAAGUCCCCUCCCAGGAUGCACGGUGCCAAGGCCAUCAUGGCUGCCGAGCCUCCGAGCCGGCAGGACCUGAGACAGAGGCCCACAAUCAUCGUUGCGUCUCCCCUGGCAACUACGACAGACGCGGUGCAAGCUGAGGAUGCAAAGGGAAAUAGAAAGACUAACAGGGAACAGCAGAAGGAGACAAUCCUAUCGCCACAGGAGACACUUAAUCCAUAUCCUCCUCCCACUGACCCCUCACCUCUGCUCAGACACAUGACCUUCCAAGAGUCCAAAGAGAGUCUGAGCAGCACAGAGCAUGACACUUACCUGUAGCAGGGUAAGUUUCACACCAGUUUACAUACACAAAUCGUUCCAUAUAGCCUUUACUGACUCAGCAGCAUUCAGUCACACAUGUCGCAGAGACAUGUCAAACCUCCACCACUUCACAUUUCUAUUUUUACUGUCAUGCCACUCCAAGAAAAGUUUGUUAAAUUUAAAGUUAAAUUUGAACAAUUGAAAACAAUUACAUUUUCACAUAUGACAAAAAUGUCUUUACUACUUAACAUUUUCAGUGGCAACUUCAUUCGUACAGGUUGAUAUUUACUUUGUUUUACUGAAGUAGUACAGCCAUAGAACUUUAGGCUGUAUUUUAAAAAACCAGUGGCACUCAAGAAAGUGUGAGUGCCAGGGAGCAACAGCAGGUGGCGACUGUGUGCACUUUUCAACAGUCUGUGAGGUUUAUGUGAGUGGGAAUAUCAGCAUCAUAUGACUGAACAUGCAGGAUUACAUUCAGAACCUCACUGUUAAAAGCUACUGCUGCUAUUCACUGCUCAAAGUAAAGCUCUGAUUCUCUCCUUAGUUAUAAAUGAAGUCUGAUUUUGUCUUAAUCGAUGAGAUCUUUCCUGGAGCACUUUGCCUCUCUAGUCUUCCUCUUUGCCUACGUUAGCCAACACAGAGAUUUGUAUUUGUCCGGCUGUGUUCGACACAGUUUAUGAGCGCGUCUGUUUUGCACGGUCUAGUGACUUUUGUGCUGCAUCUGUGAGUUUGAACACUUGAGGGCGCUGUGAGAUUAACUCUGUGCCACAGCAGCGACCAGCAGAAAUCUAAUGAGUUGAAGAACUGUUAAACGCGAAGUGACUCUCUAAUGAAGGAAAAGUGUGCAGGGAUGUUUUAUGCCACUAAGCCAAAGAUUUUUAUUGCAUAUUUUUCAAAACAUAUAUUUUCCAAACAGUUUAUUCAAUUAUAUUGUCGUACAGUAUUUAAUUGUUAUUAAUUUGGGAGAGUUUAUAGGUUUAUAUUUAUGUAAUGAAUGAGCUAUGUUGAAGAAUGCUAAUACACAGCUGUUUUGUACAAUCUUAUUAAAUGGUUUGCAGGUCUUUAUACUUUAUAUACAGAUUUAUCUGAUGGUAUUGGGAGAUUGUUUAUUUUGCGGCGGCCUGAGAAUCGUAAUUUUUAAAUCCUCAAAAAGUUCUGUUUUCCUUUUUUUUUGGUUUUAGACCUAAAACCAUGAAAUCUAUAUUUUUCCACAGUUUAAAAUAACGGAAAGAAUCUGCAAACUUAAUAUGAAGUCCAGUUUUUUACAAAUCUUAAACUGUUGUAGACAGACACGCUCGCUUAUAUGAAAUUCAUGCCUCCACAUGAUUUGUAGGAUUUCUCUUUGGACCUCCAUGCGAAGGACUUUUGUGAAGACAUUAACCUAAACUGUUUAAAAACAACAUUUGAGCAAUUCAACAUAUUAAAAGUCAAGGGAGCCAUAAACGUUUAUUAAUAACCAAAUAGCUUUUAUAGACACUUAUUUUAUUUUGGAAGUUACAAAUGAAGAAAUGGUUUGAGUGGAAGUGAAUUCAUACGCACUCAACAAUUAAUAGUUCCAUUCCUGGAAAUUCAGUUGGUGUCAAAGUUUUUUUAAGUAAUGAAAAAUGGUUAUGGGUAUGUGUUGAUUUGAAAAAAAAA